AUGAAAAACGACCCGCAGGAGCAAGCGCCGUUCAGAUCCGGUUCGCCACGGAGCAAUUUCUCGGAUAAUGUAGAGAUUGACGAGCAGCCCAGAAUCUUGGCGGAUGAACACAAGGAAGGAAAUCGGGGUCUGCCAAGCCAAGGGCUAAGUUUUAAGCAGGACAUCUCGGAAGGUGCGAACGAUGAAGACAGCGCGGAUGGUCAGCCAGGAAAACAAGAUCUGAGCUCCGAGAGCGAGCAGGAAGUGCCGUACUCGCGCUUCGGGCGCCGCGAAAAAUUCCUGCUCGUCAUCCUUUGCGCCUCAAGCGGGCUUUUCUCCACGAUAGCGGCCCCGAUAUACUAUCCGGCCUUGACGACGAUCGAAAAUGAAUUUCAUGUUUCGUCAGAGCUUGUGAACAUCUCCAUAGUGGUCUAUUUUCUGCUACAGGGUCUUGCGCCGACGCUUAUGGGUGGACUGGCAGACAGCUUCGGAAGACGACCCGUUGUUUUGUGGUCCCUAGCAGUCUACAUGGCUGCGUGCAUAGGUCUGGCUCGCACGAAGACGUUUGCCGAGAUCCUGGUUCUGCGUUGUAUCCAAAGCGCAGGCAUAUCGCCUGUUGUCGCCGUUAAUAGCGGGAUCAUGGGCGACGUGACCACCAAGGCUGAAAGAGGCGGCUACGUGGGACUCACAUCGGGGUUUCAAAUUCUGGGCAAUGCGUUUGGGGCCCUCAUUGGCGCUGGACUCCUGGCCACCUGGAACUGGCGGGCUAUCUUUUGGUUUUUGGCCAUUGGCUCGGGCGUGAAUCUUAUCGUCGCAGGUAUCCUGUUGCCCGAAACUAAGAGAACCAUCGUUGGCAAUGGAUCGAUCGAGCCCUCGAAAAUGAUCUGCAAAUCUCCGUUUAUCCUGUUCCCACCUGUAAGACGGGUGCUGCACUUAGAGCAGCCAGAUCUUGAAAGUCAAGCUCCGCGCGAGAAAUUGAACCUUUUAGCACCUUUGGAGAUCUUCCGCAGACCUGAAGUUGCGCUGAUGCUAUUUUUGACAGGCUUGCAGUUUUCGCUAUGGACCUGCCAGCUCCCGCGCUCUCUUCGACGCUCCAGAAUGACUAUCAUCUUUCAAUUGCAAAAGUCGGCCUUUCAUACUUGCCUAGCGGUAUUUGUACCCUCAUCAGCAUCUUGGGCGCGGGUCGUCUUUUAAACUGGAAUUAUCGGCGCAGAUUAAGGAUGCAUGAGGAGUGGAUAAACCGUGUCCAAGAGCAACUGCUGAAAGAGAAUGAUUACGACGCUGCAGUUGUUGGUAAUAUCUUGGCAACCAACUCGAAGUAUUUUUUCAACAUCUUCCGCGUGCGCCUCGAGAUAAUUUACGUACCACUUCCUUUAAGCGGUGCAGGUUUCAUAGCCUUUGGAUGGUGCCUCUACGUGCAUGCGCCAUUGCCCGCUGUCCUAGUCAUGAGCGGGUUUGCAUCUCUGUUCUCCAAUUGCAUUAUGUCGUGUGCCCAAACCCUCGUCAUUGAUCUGUAUCCUCAUAUGGCAUCUACUGCCAGCGCAUGUGUCAAUUUCUCCAGAUGUAUUAUGGCUGCUAUAUUUGUCGCAUGUCUCGACAAAAUGCUGAAAGCCAUGACGGUUGGCGGCACAUUCACUUUCAUGGCUUCUCUAUGCAUGGCUUCGACAUUCGUGCUCUGGAUACCGAUCAAAUACGGUAUGGAACUUGAGUAUCAAAGGAAACUGAAAAGUGAAGCUCGGAAAACACAAAAACUUGACAGUGAACAUAAUCCCGAUAUAGAGUCGCAAGCCUCUCCACAUCUGCGAAAUCAGUCGAGUUCCUCUUCCCCUGGUUUCUCCAAUAAUGAUAGAAAUUUGUUGAGAAACAUCUCAACGGCAUCAAGCGUCCCGCCACUGUGA